AUGGUGUAGCUGACAGAGCGACCGUUCCUCCGCUCAUGCUGAGUAGCCAGAGCCGCGGUUCCGGGCGGGGGAGAGAACGCCGCACAGGGAGUCAGCAGGGCCCGGACAGUCACGGUUCGGAAUCAGCCUGGUAGAGUCAGUAGUAUUACGUGUAUCGGCGGAUCCUCACCAGCAGCCAGCAGGGAAGGGAAGGGACCGAAGAUCGUAAAGAUGGCGGCCGCGGCCUCGCCGGGCUCGGCCAGCUCCUCGGACUGGAUUGUUGUGAGAGACGGCUGUCUGCGCUGCGACGACCAGGGCCUGGCCAGCCUGUCCUACCAGCCGCAGCUCAACGCGCUGCUGGCCGUCACCAGCCGGGGCAGCAUUAAGGUCAUAGACGGGACCUCCGGGGCCGUGCUGCAGGCGUCCCAGCUCACCGCCAAACCCGGCGGCCGUGUCAGGUGUCAGUACUUUCCUGCUGUGGACAAGGUGCUUUUUGUGGAUGACUACGCCGUGGGAUGCAGGAAGGACCUGAACGGCAUCCUGCUGCUGGACACAGCCCUCCAGCCUCCAGUCAGCAAGCCGGAGGACAUGGUCCAGCUGGAGCUGCCGGUCACAGAGGCCCAGCAGAUGCUAUCAGCCUGUCAGGAGAAGAUUGACGUGUCCAACACGGAGGGCUAUGAGCUCUUCAUUACCCAGCUGAAAGAAGGCCUGAAGAAUACCUCACAUGAGACAGCAGCCAAUCACAAAGUGGCCAAGUGGGCAACGGUGACGUUCCACCUCCCCCACCACAUGCUAAAGCUCGUGGCCGGCGCCAUCGUCAGCGAGCUGAAGAAAAUCAAGCAGAACGUAGCGGCCUUGUCUGUGGCCUCGUCCAUCAUGGACAGGCUGUCCUACCUCCUGUCCAGCGCCAGGCCGGAGCUCGGGGUGGGACCUGGACGCUCCGUGGACAGAUCUUUGAUGUACAGCGAGGCCAACAGGCGGGAGACGUUCACGUCGUGGCCCCACGCCGGCUACAGGUGGGCGCAGCCGGAUCCCAUGGCUCAGGCUGGCUUCUACCACCAGCCGGCCUCAACGGGGGACGACAGAGCCAUGUGUUUCACCUGCAGCGUGUGCCUGGUCUGCUGGGAGCCUACAGACGAGCCCUGGUCCGAGCACGAGCGGCACUCUCCCAACUGCCCGUUUGUGAAAGGAGAGCACACGCAGAACGUCCCCCUCUCGGUGACGCUGGCCACCAGCCCGGCCCAGUUCCCCAACAGCCACGACAGCUCGGACAAGAUCGCCUGCUACGGCUUCGGCAGCUGCCCGCAGUUCCUGGCUGCCGCCACCAGGAGGGGCAAAAUCUGCAUCUGGGACGUCUCCAAGAUGAUGAAGGUGCACCUGAAGUUUGACGUGAACCCGUACGACCCGGCCAUCCUGAGACAGCUGAUCCUGUGCAGCGGGGAGCAGAACCAGCAGGCGCUCACCGAGUCUCAGAGACCAAAUCUAACCUGGUUAGAAGAAUCGUCUUCCUGCUCUGACCUGCCCAAGCUGGAGGGAGACAGUGACGACCAGCUGGAGGAUUCAGACAGCGACGAGCAUUCCCGCUCUGAAUCAGUGACAGGCCAGUCCUCGCAGUGGGAGAGCAUGGACGUGGGUCUCAGCGUGACGGCGCUCAGCGUGCUCCAGCAGCCGGAGAAGCUCCAGUGGGAGGUGGUGGCCAGCGUGCUGGAGGACACGGUGAAGGACCUGGAAGAGCUGGGGGCCAACCCCUCACUAAACCAAACCAAGGCCCACAGCCAGCCAAAAACUAAGGACAAGGUCCCCGACCAGCACAACAUUCCCUUCCCCUGCCUGCUGGCCGGAGGCCUCCUCAGUUACCGCUCGGCGUCCAGCACCCCCACGGCCGGGCUCCCGGCCACCACACGCAGGACCCAAGACGGUCCACUGAGGACUCAGGGCCCCGAGCCUUUCUCCGGGCCCCUGCAGGAGCAGGCUCCCAUGGAUAUAGCUUCCUGCAACCCCCAGCCUGCAGCCCAGGAGCAGGGCUUCCCCAGCCAAGCAGGACCUCAGCUCCCCAGCCCUUCCUCUCUGCCUUCCGUACGCAGGACUAUUCCCGUGCUGCUGCUGUACAGCAUCAAGGAGGUGGACGACAAGUCCUCCGGGCAGGUGUUCGCCCAGAUGAACAACCUCAUGAGCAAGGGGCUCCACGAGGAGGGCUUCACCGUGCCGCAGAUCAUCGAGAUGGAGUUCGACACGCACGAGCAGCUUCUCCUCCAGGAUCCUCCCAUCACCUACAUCCAGCAGUUUGCCGACGCGGCCACCAAUCUGGCCGGGUUGGACGGUCACAUGGACAAAUGGAGCACGCUGGCCGCGGCCACCGUCUCCAACCCGCCUCGGCCGGGAGCGCUGGUCCAGUGUCUGCGGCUGCCCAAGCAGCUGGAGGACAAGAACCUGUACGUGGACUCCAUCACGCCCUGCUGGGACGGCGUGCACCUCCUGGUGGGGCUGCAGCCGUGCAGCAGCGAGUCUCUCAGCGCUACCAACCAGGUGGAGGCUCUCAACAACCUCAACCGCUUACAUUCAGCGCUGUGCAGCCAGCGCAAAGGAGACAGCCACCACCCGGUGGCCAACGGGGUGGAGGGCCACCACCCGGACGGAUCCCCCCCCCAGACUCCUCUCAUCCUCCCCCCGGGAGACCAGCAGCAGCAGCAGCAGCAGCAGAAGAGCAGCAGCGGGAGUGGAGGGGGGUGUCUGGCUCUCUACAAGCUCAACUACUCCACCCGCAUCGUCACGCUGGAGGAGGAGCCCAUUAAAGUGCAGCAUAUCAGGGACCCCGGGGACGCCAUCACCUCCCUGAUCCUGCUCCCGCCGGACGUGCUGGACAGCCGAGAGGACGACAGCGAAGAGACUCCCGAGGAGCCGCUGCCUUCAGCUCCAAAAAAUGGUUCUUGUGGCCCCGGAUCAGGGCCGGCGGGGUCGGGAACGGGGGCCGCGUGCGGAGCGGCCGCCGCCACCAGUCCUCCAAGCUCCGCCCCCGGCCACAAAGACGCCCGGCGGGGCGAGGUGGUGGGCCUGGGCCACCUGGUGGUCACCACACAGGCCGGCUACAUCAUGAUACUGGACCUGUCCACGUUGGAGGUCCUAGCCAAGGUGGAGCCGCCCAAAAAGGAGGCUCCCGCCGAUGAAACGGAUCCCUUUGUCUCAGUGACCUAUUGCUCUGGGACUGACCGCCUUUGUGCCUGCACCAAAGGUGGAGAACUUCAUUUCCUUCAAAUUGGAGGUGUGUGUGAUGAUGUAGAUGAUGGAGACAUGUUUAUUGAUGGCCCCCUUUUUAAAGGGGCUGACCCGCUGCUUGAGGGGGCCAAGCCCCCCUCCAACCCCUCCAGUCCUGGAAUCUCAGGAGUGGACCUCCUGGUGGACCAACCAAUGACCACCGAGAGCCUCAUGUCUCUGGUGGAGAUGACGCGCUUCGAGACGCUGACCCCGCGCUUCUCUGCGACGGUGCCGCCCUGCUGGGUGGAGGUGCAGCAGGAGCAGCAGCAGCGCCGCCACCCCCAGCACCUGCACCAGCAGCACCACGGAGACGCCGCCCAGCACACCCGCACCUGGAAGCUGCAGAGUGAAAGCUCCAGCUGGGACGAGCACGUGUUUGAGCUGGUGCUGCCCAAGGCCUGCAUGGUGGGCCACGUGGACUUCAAGUUCGUCCUGAACGCCAACAUCGUCAACAUUCCUCAGAUCCAGGUCACCUUACUGAAGAACAAAGCACCAGGGCUGGGCAAAGUCUGCGAGACAGCAGUGGACAGACAGAUCAGCUUCCCCCUCUCACACGUCCUCCACGCCAACGGGGAGAAGAACGGCCCGCCGCUGCUGCAGGACUUUGCCGAGGACAUCCAGUUCAUGGACAUCGAGGAGACGUCAGCCUCCGUGUUGUGUCCCUUCCUGGAGGACCACAAGGAGGAUAUCCUGUGUGGCCCGGUGUGGCUGGCCAGCGGGCUGGACCUCUCCGGCCACUCCGGCAUGCUCAGCCUCACCAGCCCCAAGCUGGUCAAAGGCAUGGCGGGGGGGAAGUACCGCUCCUUCCUGGUCCACAUCAAGGCGGUGAGCGACAGCGGGGCGGAGGAGAGCCCGCGGCCCGUGCUGAGGAUGCCCAGCUCCAAGCCCCAGAGCUCCAAGGCCCACUCCCUGACCACGCUGCUGCAGCGCGCCCAGGCCUCCAAGGACAAAGCGUCUGCAGGGAAAUCUGAGAGCUCGGGGUCCAAGAAAGUGGAGAACCUGCGGGGCUGUGACCUGCUGCAGGAGGUCUCCGUCACCAUCAGACGCUUCAAGAAGACCACCAUUCCCAAAGAAAGGGUCCAACGUUGUGCCAUGCUGCAGUUCCCAGACUUCCACGAGAAGCUGCUGGACGCGCUGUGCCGGCAGACGGAGGGCAGCCCCGCCACGGAGCACGCCCAGAGCCUCAUCCUGGACAUCCUCUGCUGGCUGGCCGGGGUUUUCUCCAACGGACCCUGCAGCAUGAGAGAAGGGAAGGAGGGCUUGCUGGCAAAGACCAGGACCAGGUUAACCCACAUUAUUCGAGUGUGUUUCUUUGAAGCCGGUCGCAGCAUCGCACACAAAUGCGCCCGCUUCCUUGCACUUUGUAUUAGCAAUGGGAAAGGAGACUCAAGUCAACAGGGUUUUGGUACGAGUCUUCUGAAGGCUCUGCUGGAUAACAUGCCUUACUUGCCUGCAGCAGCAACCGGUGGCUCAGUGUUCUGGUACUUUGUGCUGCUCAACUAUGUGAAGGAGGAGGACCUGGCCGGCUGCAGCACGGCCUGCGCUUCCCUGCUCACCGCCAUCUCCCGCCAGCUGCAGGACCGCCUCACCCCGCUGGAAGCUCUGCUGCAAACCAGGUACGGUCUGUACAGCUCUCCGUUCGACCCGGUGCUCUUUGACCUGGAGGUCAGCGGCUCCUCCUGUAAAAACGCCUUCAACAGCAGCAUCGGAGUCCAGUCAGAUGAGAUCGACCUCUCCGACAUUCUCUCAGGGAAUGGAAAAGUGAGCAGCUGUGCAGCAGCAGAGGGCAGCUUCACAGCUUUAACGGGACUCCUGGAGGUGGAGCCUUUGCACUUUACUUGUAUCUCCACCAGCGACGGCACGCGGGUGGAGCGAGACGACGCCAGCAUGUUCACUGUGAGCACGUUUGGCAUGACUCCAACGGUUGGGGGGCUGCCGACGGGAACGGUUGGAGAAGCGUCGACGGCGCUGAGCUCUGCAGCCCAGGUGGCCCUGCAGUCUCUGUCUCACGCCAUGGUGUCGGCGGAGCAGCAGCUGCAGGUGCUGCAGGAGAAGCAGCAGCAGCUGCUGAAGCUGCAGCAGCAGAAGGCCAAGCUGGAGGCCAAGCUUCACCAGACCACCUCUGCCGCGGCGGCCGCCGCCUCUGCCGUGGGUCCCAUGCACAACUCUGUGCCUUCCAACCCCUCCUCCGCUCCGGGCUUCUUCAUCCACCCCUCUGACGUCAUCCCCCCCACCCCCAAGACCACGCCCCUCUUCAUGACGCCUCCUCUCACGCCGCCCAACGAGGCCGUGUCGGCGGCCUUCAGCGCCGAGCUGGCCCACCUGUUCCCCGGCUCCAUGAUGGACUGCGGGCCCGUCGCCAUGGCCGCACACAAAAACACACAGAAGGCCAAGCCGAGCCCGGUGGGCAGCGGUCUGGCUCUGGCCAUUUCCCAGGCCUCCCACUUCCUGCAGCCUCCUCCACACCAGUCCAUCAUCAUUGAGCGGAUGCACUCUGGGGCUCGGCGCUUCGUCACGCUGGACUUCGGCCGCCCGGUCCUGCUGACCGACGCUCUGAUCCCCACCUGCGGGGACCUGGCCUCUCUGUCCAUCGACAUCUGGACGCUGGGGGAGGAGGUGGACGGCCGCAGGCUGGUGGUGGCCACCGACAUCAGCACCCACUCCCUGAUCCUGCACGACCUGCUGCCGCCGCCCGUCUGCAGGUUCAUGAAGAUCACUGUGAUCGGUCGCUACGGCAGCACCAACGCACGAGCAAAGAUCCCCCUGGGCUUCUACUACGGCCACACGUACAUCCUGCCAUGGGAGAGUGAACUGAAACUCAUGCACGACCCCCUGCGGGGGGAGAGCGAGGCCGCCAGUCAGCCAGAUGUGGAUCAACAUCUGACCCUGAUGGUGGCGCUGCAAGAGGACAUCCAGUGCAGGUACAAUCUAGCGUGCCAUCGGCUGGAAACCCUCCUCCAGAACAUCGACCUCCCGCCUCUCAACAGUGCCAACAACGCCCAGUACUUCCUGAGAAAACCCGACAAGGUGGUGGAGGAGGACCAGCGGGUCUUCUCCGCCUACCAGGACUGCAUCCAGCUGCAGCUGCAGCUCAACCUGGCCCACCACGCCGUGCAGCGGCUGCGGGUGUCGCUGGGCGCCAGCCGCAAGUCCCUGCCCACCGGGGGGUGUCCGGAGUCCCAGGAGCUGGUCCACAACUCGUCCACGGAGCAGCUGAGGACCAUCAUCCGUUACCUGCUGGACACGCUGCUCAGCCUGCUGCACUCCAACAACGGCCACUCCGUGCCCUCGGUGCUGCAGAGCACCUUCCACGCCCAGGCGUGCGAGGAGCUGUUCAAGCAUCUGUGCAUCAGCGGGACGCCAAAGAUCCGGCUGCACGCCGGGCUGCUGCUGGUGCAGCUGUGUGGAGGAGAGUGCUGGUGGGGCCAGUUCCUCUCCAACGUGUUGCAGGAGCUCUACAACUCUGAGCAGCUGCUCAUCUUCCCGCAGGACAGGGUGUUCAUGCUGCUGUCCUGCAUCGGCCAGAGAUCCCUGAGUAACAGCGGGGUGUUGGAGGGCCUGCUGAACCUGCUGGACAGCCUGCUGUCUCCCCUGCAGCAGCCGCCGCCGGCCUCCCAGCGCAGGACUGAAGGGGUUCUGGACAUCCCCAUGAUCAGCUGGGUGGUGAUGCUGGUUUCCAGGCUGCUGGACUACGUGUCCAGCAUCGAAGACGAGGCCUCCGGUGGGAAGAAACACCUCGGAGGGAAAGAACGGGAAAGACCUGUGACAGGGAUUCAGUGGAGCUUCAUCAACAACAGCCUUCAGUCUCAGAACCCGAGCAGGUCGGCUAAAGGCAGCAGCAGCUUGGAUCGCCUCUACUCACGCAAGAUCCGCAAGCAGCUCGUCCACCACAAGCAGCAGUUAAAUUUGUUGAAAGCCAAACAGAAAGCUCUGGUUGAACAGAUAGAGAAGGAGAAGAUCCAGAGCAACAAAGGCUCCUCGUACAAACUGCUGGUGGAACAGGCCAAACUCAAACAAGCCACGUCCAAGCACUUUAAAGACCUGAUCCGUCUGCGGCGGACGGCAGAGUGGCCUCGCUCCACACUGGACGCAGAGUCCACCACAGCCAAAGAAACCCCCGAGGUGGAGCCCCUGCCCUUCACGCUGGCGCAUGAGCGCUGCAUCUCCGUGGUGCAGAAGCUGGCCCUCUUCCUGCUCUCCAUGGACUUCACCUGCCACGCCGACCUGCUGCUCUUCGUCUGCAAGGUCCUGGCCAGGAUAGCCAACGCCACGCGGCCAACCAUCCACCUGUGUGAGGUGGUGUCGGAGCAGCAGCUGGAGCGCCUGCUGCUGCUGCUCGUGGGGACAGAUUUUAACCGGGGAGACAUCUCCUGGGGGGGAGCCUGGGCACAGUAUUCUCUGACGUGUAUGCUGCAGGACAUCCUGGCAGGGGAGCUGCUGUCCCCGGGCUCUCUGGACUCCAUGGAGGACGUGGUGGGGGACGAGGCCGGAGCGUCGUCGUCCUCCGCGGCGGCGGCGGAUCCAGACGACGCGCUGCUGCAGCCGGCGCCGGUGCCGCUGGUGGAGAGCAUCGACGAAGCCCUGGUGCCUGACAUCAUUGCAGGUACUGCAGGGACCUCCUCGCUGUUCCAAAGUGCUCCACCUCUGUCGUCUCUGGAAAAAGAUAAAGACAUAGACUUUGACUUGCUGCAAGACCUGAUGGAUGUUGAUAUUGAUCCUUUAGAUAUUGAUUUGGAAAAAGAUCCCCUGGCGGCCAAAGUGUUCAAGCCCAUCAGCAGCACCUGGUAUGACUACUGGGGGGCCGACUACGGCACGUACGGCUACAACCCGUACAUCGGCGGGGUGGGCAUCCCCGUGUCCAAGCCGGCGGUGGCGGCUGAGAAGCCCGGCUCUCAGGGCCUGUCGGUGUCCGUGUCUCAGGCGCUGGACGCUCGCCUGGAGGUGGGCCUGGAGCAGCAGGCUGAGCUGAUGCUGAAGAUGAUGGCAACGCUCCAGGCUGAUUCCAUCCUGCAGGCUCUCACUUCAACUUCAUCCACAAUGAGCCAGCCAUCCAACGGGACAGACGACUCCCUGCUGCGAGCUCUGCACGGCGGGGGCUCCCCUCCUUGCAGCAGCCUGGUCCGGCCUUCCUCCAUCCCCGUCCUGAGUGCCUGCUUUAACAAGCUCUUCUCCAUGCUGCAGGUCCACCACGUCCAGCUGGAGUCCCUGCUGCAGCUCUGGCUGACGCUCAGCCUCAACACCACCUCGGCCGGCAGCGAGGACAGCGGAGCCGACAUCUUCCUGUUCAACGCCAGCCGAGUUCCCACCAUCCCCCUCAACCAAGCCUCCAUCAGCAGCUUCCUGACGGUGCUGGCCUGGUACCCCAACACUUCUCUGAGGACCUGGUGUCUGGUGCUGCACUCCCUCACUCUGAUGACCAACAUGCCGGCCUGCGGCUCCAGCAGUGGGAUGAACUCUCAGGAAAGCACCGCUCAGCAGAUGGUGUCCGACCCCACGCUGGUCCACGUUCUGAUGCGCUUCCUGUCGGGCAGCAGCACCAACGGGACCAGCCAGCACAGCUCCCAGGUGGGGCCCACGGCCACCCAGGCCAUGCACGAGUUCCUGAGCCGCCUGCAGGUCCACCUGUCCUCCACCUGCCCCCAGAUGUUCAGCGAGUUCCUGCUCAAGCUCAUGCACAUCCUGUCUACCGAGAGGGGGCCGUUCCAGUCCGGGCAGGGUCCGCUGGACGCCCAGGUGAAGCUGCUGGAGUUUACUCUAGAGCAGAACUUUGAGGUGGUGUCGGUGGCCACCAUCUCCUCCGUCAUCGAGUCCAUCACCUUCCUGGUCCACCACUACAUCACCUGCUCGGACAAGGUGGUGUCCCGCAGCGGCUCGGACAGCUCGGUGGGGGCCCGCGCCUGCUUCGGGGGCCUCUUCGCCAACAUCAUCCGGCCCGGGGACGCCAAGGCCGUGUGCGGGGAGACCACGCGGGACCAGCUGAUGUUCAACCUGCUGAAGCUGGUGAACGUGCUGGUGCAGCUGCCCCUGUCCAGCGACCGGGAGUUCAGCGGGCGGCUGCUGCCGGCCGGCGGCGGCCAGGCCGACAGCAGCGUGUCCGACGAGGAAAAGGUCUGCGGCAGCAAGGACGGGGCCUCCGGGGGCUCGGCCUCCAGCCAGGGCCCCCCCGCCGGCGUGGCCGACCUGGUCCUGGCCAACCAGCAGAUCAUGAGCCAGAUCCUGUCGGCGCUGGGCCAGUGCAACAGCAGCGCCAUGGCCAUGAUCAUCGGAGCCAGCGGUCUCCACCUGACCAAGCACGAGAACUUCCACGGGGGUCUGGAUGCCAUCUCGGUGGGCGACGGGCUCUUCACCAUCCUCACCACUCUGAGCAAGAGGGCCACGUCGGUGCAGGUCAUGCUGCAGCCCAUCCUCACCUACAUGGCCUGUGGGUACAUGGGGAGGCAGGGCUCUCUGUCCACCUGCCAGCUCUCCGAGCCUCUCCUGUGGUUCAUCCUCCGAGUGCUGGACACCAGCGAGGCUCUCAAGGCCUUCCAUGACAUGGGUGGCGUCCAGCUGAUCUGCAACAACAUGGUGACCAGCACCAGAGCCAUCGUGAACACGGCGCGGAGCAUGGUGUCCACCAUCAUGAAGUUCCUGGAUUCAGGUCCUGGAAAGACGGCAGACGGGAACCUCAAAGCCCGAGUCAUGACUUCAGAGCCGGACAACGCAGAGGGGCUCCACAACUUUGCUCCUUUAGGCACCAUCACGUCCAGCAGCCCGACGGCGCAGGCAGCAGAGGUGCUGCUCCAGGCCACGCCCCCUCACCGCCGGGCCCGCUCAGCAGCCUGGUCCUACAUCUUCCUGCCCGAGGAGGCCUGGUGUGACCUCACCAUCCACCUGCCCGCUGCCGUGCUGCUCAAGGAGCUGCACAUCCAGCCCCACCUCGCCUCUCUGGCCACCUGCCCCUCGUCGGUGUCGGUGGAGAUCAGUGCGGACGGGGUGAACAUGCUGCCCCUCUCCACGCCCGUCAUCACCAGCGGCCUCACCUACAUCAAGAUCCAGCUGGUGAAGGCGGAGGUGGCGUCGGCCGUGUGCCUGCGGCUGCACCGGCCCCGCGACGCCAGCACCCUGGGGCUGUCCCAGAUCAAGCUGCUCGGCCUCACGGCCUUCGGAAACACCUCGUCUACAACGGUCAACAACCCCUUCCUGCCCUCGGAGGACCAGGUCUCUAAAACCAGCAUCGGCUGGCUGCGGCUGCUCCACCACUGCCUGACCCACGUCAGCGACCUGGAGGCCAUGAUGGCCAGCGCCGCGGCCCCCACGGCCAACCUGCUGCAGACCUGCGCCGCCCUGCUCAUGUCCCCCUACUGCGGCAUGCACUCGCCCAACAUCGAGGCCGUGCUGGUGAAGAUCGGCCUGCAGUCCACCCGCAUCGGCCUCAAGCUCAUCGACAUUCUGCUGAGGAACUGUGCCGCCUCUGGCACCGAUCCGGCCAAUCUGAACAGCCCUCUCCUGUUCGGCCGCCUGAACGGCCUCUCCUCCGACUCCACCAUCGACAUCCUGUACCAGCUGGGAACCACUCAGGACUCCGGGACCAAAGACAGGAUCGAGGCUCUGCUGCAGUGGGUCCACGACUCGUCUCGAGUGGCCGCCCACAAGAUGAGCGUCCCGCUGGGAUACGCCGGUGCCGGCUCGUCUGCGUCCUCCAGGGAGUACGGCCUCCUGAUGCCGUCUCCCUCCCACCUGCACUGCGUGGCGGCCAUCUUGUGGCACAGCUACGAGCUGCCGGUGGACUACGACCUCCCGGCCCUGCUGGACAGAGGUCUCUUUGAGCUGCUGUUUAACUGGUCCAUGUCUCUGCCGUGCAACAUCGUGCUGAAGAAAGCCGUGGACAGCCUGCUGUGCUCCAUCUGCCACAUCCACCCCAGCUACUUCUCCCUGCUCAUGUCGUGGAUGGGGGUGGUGUCGGAGCCCAGCGCCAGCCACUCUCAGGCCCAGCAGCGCCGGCUCGCCAUGACGGACGACGGCAAGAAGCAGCACGACGCCAGCGCCGGCGCCGCGGGGCUCACGGACGACUCCAAGCACGCCCGGGCCCCGGCCAUGCUGUCGGAGUCCCAGCUGGCCACGCUGGCCGCCGCGUCCCAGUCCCCCGGAGCCAUCGAGCAGCUGCUGGACUCGGGCCUGCCCUCGCUGCUCGUACGGAGCCUCACGCAGUUCUGCAUCGGCCUCCUGGUCAGCGCCGACCUGCCUCUGCCCGCGGCUCAGGCUGAGCGGCGGCACCACCUCCACCAUUACUACCCCUCCUCCUCCUCGUCCUCCUCGUCCUCCUCGGCCCAGGCCCGGCCCCCUCUGGCUGCAGAGCUGGCUGCUCCGGUGCUGCACUUCCUCACCGAGGUCGGCAACAGUCACGCCAUGAAGGACUGGCUGGGGGGCCCGGAGGUCAACCCGCUGUGGACGGCGCUGCUCUUCCUGCUGUGCCACUCCAGCGCCAGUGCUGGUGCCGGGGCCGGUGCCGGGGCCACGGGUCAGCCUCCCAGUACCGGAGCUGCCGCCAGCCCCGCCCCGCCCCCGCCCACGCUGUCAGGGUCCCGCUACUCGCUGGUGUCCUCGGCCCAGGCCGGGGGGCUCACCACCCAGCAGAGGACGGCCCUGGAGAACGCCACCGUGGCUUUCUUCCUGCAGUGCAUCUCCUGCCACCCCAACAACCAGCGGCUCAUGGCCCAGGUUCUCUGUGAGCUCUUCCAGUCUGCUCCUCAGCGGGGCAACGUCCCCAUCUCCGGAAACAUCUCAGGCUUCAUCCGAAGGCUCUUUCUGCAGCUCAUGCUGGAGGAUGAGAAGGUCACGGUCUUCCUGCAGUCUCCAUGUCCGUUAUACAAAGGACGCAUCAACGCCACGAGUCACAUGAUCCAACAUCCCAUGUACGGAGCAGGCCACAAGUACCGCACCCUCCACCUGCCCAUCUCCACCACGCUGGCCGAGGUCCUGGACCGCGUCUCCGACACACCCAGCAUCACAGCAAAGCUGAUCAACGAGCAGAAAGAGGACAAGGAGAAGAAGAAUCACGAGGAGAAGGAGAAGAUGAAGACGGACAACGGCUUCCAGGACAACUACAGCGUUGUUGUGGCCUCAGGUUUAAAGUCCCAGUCCAAGCGGGCUCUCUCCACGCCCCCCCGGCCCCCGUCCCGGCGGGGCCGCGUCAUGAGUGACAAGCUGACGGCCUCGUCAGGCCUGGACCCGUCAGCCAAGACCAUCAGCGUGCCGGUGUUCCACCUCUACCACAAGCUGGUCCCAGGUCAGCCCCUCCCGCCCGAGAUGACGCUGGCGCAGCUGCUCACGCUCCUGUACGAGCGCAAGCUGCCCCAGGGCUACCAGUCCAUCAACCUGACCGUCAAGCUGGGCUCCAAGGUCAUCUCCGACCCCGGACUCUCCAAGACGGACUCCUUCAAGAGGCUGAGGACGGAGAAAGUGGACCACUGCGACCUGCUGAGCAGCUGCCCCGAGGACGAGCCCAUGCUGGCGGCCGACGAGUGCGUGGACGCAGCGGCCGCAGCCGACGAGUCCCUGCUGGAGACCAGCCCCAUCCAGUCCCCGCUGCAGGUGUUCGCCGGCAUGGGAGGCCUGGCCCUCAUCGCUGAGAGGCUGCCCAUGCUGUACCCCGACGUCAUCCAGCAGGUCAGCGCCCCGGUCGUGCCCUCCGCCACGCAGGAGAAGCCCAAGGACAGCGACCAGUUUGAGUGGGUGACCAUCGAGCAGUCGGGCGAGCUGGUGUACGAGGCCCCGGAGUCCAUCGCCACGGAGCCGCCGCCCAUCAACAAGCAGCAGUCCCAGUCGUCCUCCUCGUCCUCGUCGUCCUCCUCCGUGCAGACCAUGUCCCCCAUCCCGGCGCACUCGCUGGCCGCCUUCGGCCUGUUCCUGCGCCUGCCGGGCUACGCAGAGGUGCUGCUGAAGGAGAGGAAGCACGCCCAGUGCCUGCUGCGCCUGGUGCUGGGGGUCACCGACGACGGAGAGGGCAGUCACAUCCUGCAGUCUCCCUCUGCCAACGUGCUGCCCACGCUGCCGUUCCACGUGCUGCGGGCCCUGUUCAGCAGCACCCCCCUGACCACGGACGACGGCGUGCUGCUGCGCCGCAUGGCCCUGGAGAUCGGGGCCAUCCACCUCAUCCUGGCCUGCCUGUCGGCUCUGAGCCACCACGCCCCCCGCAACCCCAACGCCAGCUCCAGCGUCUCCGAGCCGCAGAUGUCCAGCUGUCACGCUGGAGGCACCAGUGAGGACCAGCAGCUGUACUGGGCUAAGGGGACUGGGUUUGGUACUGGAUCCACGGCCUCGGGCUGGGACGUGGAGCAGGCGCUGACCAAGCAGCGGCUGGAGGAGGAGCAUGUGACCUGUCUGCUGCAGGUCCUGGCCAGCUACAUCAACCCAGCCGGCUCCGGCGGCUGCCACGGUGCCGACGGCGCCUCUGCAGACGGCAGGGCCCACAACAGCUCUGCGCUGCCGACGGUUCUGCAGGAGCUGCUCAACCAGUCCUGCCUCAUCCCGGCCAUGUCCUCGUACCUGCGCAACGACUCGGUGCUGGACAUGGCGCGCCAUGUGCCGCUCUACCGGGCCCUGCUGGAGCUGCUGAGGGCCAUCUCCACCUGCACGGCCCUGGUUCCUCUGCUGCUGCCGCUGACGGGAGACCUGGCGCUGGAGGAGGACGAGGAGGAGGAGGAGGACGACGAAGAGCACUCUGAGGGCCGGACCUCGGUGGGGAUGCUGCUGGCCAAGAUGAAGACGUGUGUGGACACUUACACCAACCGCCUCAGGUCCAAGAAAGAUAAGAGUAAAGGCGUGGUGAAGGCAGAAGGCUCUGAACCCGAGCCCGAGGGCCUGACCCUGCUGGUUCCCGACAUCCAGAGGACGGCAGAGAUCGUCCACGCCGCCACCACCAGCCUGCGGCAGGCCAACCAGGAGAGGAAGCUGGUGGAGUGCUCCAGGAAGGUGUCCAGCCGGCCCAAGCCGCUGUCCCUGCUCCGCUCUCUGGAGGAGAAAUACGUGGCCAUCAUGAAGAAACUUCAGUUCGACACGUUUGAGAUGGUUUCAGAGGACGACGAAGGCAAGCUGAUGUUCAAGGUCAACUACCACUACAUGUCUCAGGUGAAGAACGCCAGCGACAGCAACAGCGCCGCCAGAUCCCGCCGCCUGGCCCAGGAGGCGGUGACCCUGUCCACCUCCCUGCCCCUGUCCUCCUCCUCCAGCGUCUUCGUCCGCUGUGACGAGGAGAGGCUGGACAUCAUGAAGGUGCUCAUCACAGGCCCGGCCGACACUCCGUACGCCAACGGCUGCUUCGAGUUCGACGUGUACUUCCCCCAGGACUACCCCAACUCCCCCCCGCUGGUCAACCUGGAGACCACGGGGGGCCACAGUGUGCGCUUCAACCCCAACCUCUACAACGAUGGCAAAGUCUGUUUAAGUAUCCUGAACACGUGGCACGGGAGGCCGGAGGAGAAGUGGAACCCUCAGACGUCCAGCUUUCUCCAGGUGCUGGUGUCGGUGCAGUCCCUCAUCCUCGUGGCCGAGCCUUACUUCAACGAGCCGGGGUACGAGCGCUCCCGGGGGACGCCCAGCGGCACCCAGAGUUCUCGGGAAUACGACGGCAACAUCCGGCAGGCCACGGUCAAGUGGGCCAUGCUGGAGCAGAUCCGCAACCCGUCGCCAUGCUUCAAAGAGGUGAUCCACAAGCACUUCUACCUGAAGAGAGUGGAGAUCAUGUCUCAGUGUGAGGAGUGGAUCGCUGACAUCCAGCAGUACAGCAGUGACAAGAGGGUGGGCCGCACCAUGUCCCACCACGCCGCUGCGCUCAAGAGACACACGGCUCAGCUCAGAGAGGAGCUGCUGAAGCUGCCCUGCCCCGACGGCCUGGAGCCUGACGUCGAGGAGUUCUCUGACAAGAGCGGCCUGCUGCUCAAAGAGCUGCCCCCUCAGGACCCGGACAAGCCCGGCGGCAGCCAGGACAGCCACUGCAGCGACGGCCAGCUAUGAGCCCCCCCACCCCGGCCCUGCUGGCCCCCCCAGAGACUGGACGGGCCAGGAGACGGGCCAGGAGACGGGCCAGGAGACGGGCCAGGAGACGGGCCAGGAGACGGGCCGCCACUUUGUCCAUAUUUGUACGUAAAGAUCUAAUGGCAGAACAGCAGAGAAUGAUGGGAAACGAGUACAAGAAUCUGAUGAGAUGAACUCUGAACUAUUCUACGCCCUUAAAGAAGAGUCAACAAAGACUUUUAUUUACCUGUAAAAGAGUGUAAACAUUUUGUGCUUUUCCCAUGUGAAAUAACCACUGAUUGGUAUGUUAUUAAACUUGUUUAUGUGUAAACGACGGCAGAGGAAAAUACAGAGUAUAUAAGGGAAACUACCUUUAGAGAAGAAUGUUUACUGAAUGUUAAGUUCCUUUUUCUUUUGACUGUUAGAGCGGACACAGUUGUAACCAAGGAUAUAUUGGACGUUCUUUAAGGAUAUUAUUUAAAAAAAGCAAACCCAGGAAUCCCAGAUCAGAGCCCUGUGGUCCCCGCUGGCUGUCUGGUCUCUGUAGGAUCGUUUCCGCUUGAAUAAAGGUCGCGAUGGACGUUCUUAGAUGCUAUGUUAUCCCUCUUACAGGCUCCAGAUUAAAGUCUUCACCACGCCGGACGAACAUUUGUCGCCUCAGAACUCCUCCAUGAUGCUUUCCAUCGACACGGCUGUCCAGCAAGGCUGCGUGUCGGAGCCGCGGGGGCGGCGUCCCCGCCCGGCUCGUGCAUGUGUAUGUGUGUUUUCUGUGCGUGUGCAACAAUCCCCAGUGAGAUACGAAGCUGUGAUGUGCCUUUGAUCAGCACCGUACCACCAAAUACUUCAACAGAGUACCUGUACUCAUCUCUGUGCUGUUUCUGCAGAAAUCUGCUCCGUCUGACAUGAAAGAAACUGCUUUGAUCUUUUUUUAAUUGUUAAAUUCCAGUGAACAAAAAAGAAAAUGCACUUUCUAUUUUACUCACUCCUUAGAACAGACACAUACUCUUUUUGCUAGGACAUUAAAUGGAGCUUGAAAAUA